CGGGCUCAUCAUUCUAGAGCGGUUAUGCCACGGCUAGGAUCUCGGAAGUCGCGGAAUGGCUGUAAGCAAUGCAAAACCAGACACGUGAAAUGCGACGAGAGAGUACCAUGUUCCAAUUGCACCAAAUAUGGUGCUGAAUGCAGCCUUGUGAGCAGUCCUGCCCUUCCAAACCUAGCACAUGGGUUGGCCAAAACGAAAAUUACGCCGGCCAAUCAUAAGUGCACGGAAGACCAUCCCGGCACAUGCGACUGGAUACAAGAUCUGGAGCUCAUGCACCACUAUACCGCCCACGCGCAUCUCACGAUGCCUGGUGUCGAGCAAGCAAAGCAAACUUGGGGCUAUGCUGUACCACAAGAAGCAUUUCGAAACCCCUUUCUCAUGCACAGCUUGCUAGCAUUUUCGGCCUACCAUCUGGCGCAUAUUAACCCUUCGUCUCAGAGCCACUACCGGUUACUCGCCUCCUCCCAUCAAAGCUCUGCCAUUACCGGCAUCAACGGUGUCUUACCGAGCAUUACUCCAGAAAACUGCCACGCACUCUUUGCAGCCGCGAGUUUAAUAACUCUCAACUCAUUUGCAGACUCAGGACCUAAAACGCUGGACGUCCUUAUCGGCCUUUUCCAACUCCUGAGGGGCAUGAACGAGGUCCUCAAGACGACGGAACCCUUGAUUCAAAGUGGUCCCUUCGCAUCUAUAUUUCGCCCUGCAGUUGAUCCUCCCAGGCUUCCUCCUCUUCUCUCCUCCCUGUUAAGGGAGCUGCAGACAGCAUCGAGUCAAGGCCCUACGCCGGAGUCUGAAGUCGCGUACAUGGCGAUGGUGAAUCUUCGAGAUGCACUUCAAUCUGGUCUUGAGAAUUCAUCUCACGCCGCGAUGAGGACUGCGAUGCUAUGGCCAAUCAAACUGAAUGGGGCGUAUAUAGAUAUAUUACGCACUCAAGAGCCGGCCGCAAUGGUGGUACUGGGGCAAUAUAUUAAGAUUCUGGAGUAUGCGGCCACGGAGUGGUGGUUUCUUGCCAGCUGGAAGGAGUUUAGAUGUAAUAUAUGA